GUAGUUACUUCAGUUCGGUUGGAAGCAGUGACAGUGACUUGCUGCCGGGCCGCAGUGUGCGUGUGAAGUACGACGGUAACAGGGCGGGGCGUUGUCAGGGAGACGGCCACAGCGUCCUAUAUAGACGAAUACAGAAGUGAAGGAUUCGGGAGGAGAGAGACGGAGAAUAUCUCCGGGUGUGAGUGUGUCUGGGAUCUGUAAUCGGGUCACGCAUAGGAUGUGACCCACGAGUGCCCGGCACAGUGAGCGGUGUGUGUGUGUCAGGAUCUCUGCGUCCCAGGCUGAGGGCUGCAUAAACAACAUGUCACAGGCGGCGCUCCGCUCACCAGCUGUGGGGCUUGAGGCCACAGGACGGAGAGGGGCCAGCGCCCUGGUGUCAGUCGCAGGACAGAGUUCAGAUUUAGCAAAUAUUCAAGACCAAUAUAAUGCCUUGGAACUAUCACAGUCCAUUUCAACAUAUGAGCAGAGUGAAUUUAUCCCAGAUGAAAUACUUCAAGUCCUAACGUCAACUGCAAAAGCAGCAGAAAAUCCUGGGCUGGGUCCUGCGAGCAAAACUAAAACUGCAAAAGAUGCCAAGGUUUUUGUACGUACCGCUGAUCAGGUCUGGCACCACCCUCUUCGCAGGAGCAAGUUUAAACACCUGACUGAUCAACCUGUUUGUCUGACAGGAGCAGGGAGGGAUAUCUCGUUCCUCUGUGAUGUUUUACUUAAGGAAAAAAAGAACACUGCAAUUACACCUCUAAAGCCAAUAAACCGAAGUGAUAUGGCACCAGGAACAUCAGAAGGAGGCUUUGAAGAAAGUCUUAUCCCAAAGGAAUUUUACAUUGUGAAGAAUAAAGGAGUAUUGGGGUUGGAAUAUUAUGAAGAUAAGUACACAACUGUGCUUGAAGAUGAUGAGAAGCAGCUGCGCAUGUUCCCAUCUAUGAAACCUAGUGGGAGGGCAGAGGUUCUCCAGCUGAUGAAAGUGAUGGACAGCAUGUUGAAGACAGCAGGUGUGGAUGAGGAAGACCUAAAGUUGGAAGGUCCAACUCAGAUACACAAUCUGCUAGAGCUGAUAAAGACAGAGCAGAAUAUCUACAACAUUGUCUUUCAUGAAUUAAUCCGUCAGGUCAGCACGGAGUGUGUGGAGAGAGGGGUGCUGCUAGCUAAGCUCAGAGAGCGGUAUGUAAUGUUACUAAACAAGAUCCCGCACCAGGUGCUCAGUCUGUACAAUGACCUGCUGGCUCAGCGAGCACUGGACAGAAGCCUUACAGAGCAGAUCAUUUAUUUCAAGAACUCCAUCGGCGAUUUCACUCAUGAGUUAUAUCAAGUGAGAGAACAUGACCUGCGUGUGAGCAAAGAAGCAAAACAAACACAGACUGAACUGGCUAAAGCCUUGAGAAAUGCAAAAAAGAAUGCCAAUCUUUUAGAAGAAUAUCGUGAGUUGUACGAGUUACAGAGGAGCCGCCUGGAGAAGCAGUUAGCUCACCUCACUGAAGAGAGGGAUCUCUGGAGUUCCGCUACAUACAGGCUGGCCAGAAAGGUGAUAGAAGAGAAUCAACUACAACUGGCUCGCAGGCUGUACAUAAGUGAGAAGGCCUGGACGAAGGUUGUCAGGCAUUUCAUUGUGCUUCUUGCAUCAAAUGACACAAAAGACCUUUCUGAAAUCCAGCAGACCACAGAGAAAUGGCGAGAGCACAUGGCCCGCUUUGAGCUAGAGGUACAACGCAGCGAGGAGUCAAGCAAGGAGAAGAUACAGACCAUCUGUACAGACUUGAAGAAGUGGCUGCUGUAUUUUCAAGAGAAUGUUUUUGUGGACUGGCACUACCAGGCAGUACCCGAAGAUGUGACCAUAAGAUUACUACAAGAUCUCCAGAACUGGAAAAAUAUGCUGAGUGAGGAGCAGCAACAGUUUGAAGGCAACAAGGUUGUAAAUAAUCAAGAGUCUCUGAAAGCUGCCGCUGACAUUCAGAAGCAAUGGUCUCACAUUGGGGAAAAAGUCCUGAAGAGACACGAAGGCCUGGAUGGGAGCCCAGCUCCAGAACACAAGACCAUGGGAGAUUUGAAUAACAUGACAGAGCUACUAUGCGAGCAGUAUAGAAGUAGAGUGCAGGGGGAAAACGGAGUCGCCAGAGGCCUCACAUCAAUGUCAAGCAGUUUGGAGCACUGGUCAUUGCCACUGCAUGCACAUAAAUAUGCACCCAAAGACACAAGAGAAUCUGAUUGGUCAAGCUUGUUCCACCUUCUUCCCGAAUGGAUUGCCCAAGCCGAGCAAGUAUUUGAACUAAUAGGGAGUCCAGACUCAGAAGAAAAACCCAGAUUGGAUUCUAUCAAAAAAGUGGAAACAGAAGAGGUCUUUAAGACGCUGCAGCAUUGGGUUCUGACCAUCACAAGCGGAACAGAGAGAGACAAUGUGCAGCUCACCCAGGAGAUAACAAACCUCCAUACGGCUAUGGUCCAAUACUUGGUGGACAUUCUGAUACUCUUGUCACCAGACUACUCUUCUGAUCCCUCAGAUACC